AUGGGUGGCGGGUUUACCGCGGUAGUUAUUUCGACUGUUGCCAUCGUUAUAUUCGGAGAGAUUAUACCCCAAGCGGUCGGUCUACGUUACGGUCUUGCUAUCGGAGCUGCAUGCGUCCCAGUAGUGUCAGCAUUGAUGUGGAUAAUUUACCCGGUCGCAUACCCGAUUGCCCUGCUUUUGGAUAAAGUCGUUGGUGUGGAAGAUGUACACACUUACAGGAAAGCAGAACUCAAAUCACUGCUCCAAUUUCACUGCACGGGAGAAGAACCCUUGACGGAGGAGGAGAUCACAAUUUUGACAGGAGUGCUGGAGCUUGGUAACAAAAGGAUUGACGAUAUAAUGACUCCUAUUCAGGAUGUGGUUACCCUUUCCGCCGAUACCAUUCUUGACCAACCAAAGCUCGACGAACUAUCAGCCACUGGUUACUCGCGAUUCCCUGUGCAUGCACCUGGAUACCCCACCGCUUUUGAUGGUUUGCUAAUACUCAAACAGCUACUCCGCUAUGAUCUAUCACAAUCCCUUCCGGUUUCCGAUUACCCGCUUUCAAUUCUACCUGAAGCGUUGCCGACUAUCAAUUGCCUCCAGGCGCUUAGCUAUUUUCGAACUGGGCGAUCUCACCUACUUCUCAUAAGCAAGACACCAGGACGUGCCGGCGGGGCCAUCGGUGUCGUUACCCUAGAAGAUGUGAUUGAGGAAAUCAUAUCUGAAGAGAUAGUCGACGAAACUGAUCUUUAUCAGGACAACGUCAGUAAACGAUACCCCGAAAGAUCUACCACUUCCGAUACGAUGAGGGGAAUUGUGGAGAACCUCGAUAUAUUUUCCUCACUACCCGCUACCCCAACUUACGAGUCUGACUCGACUUUGAUGGGUAGACCGUCGGAUGAUGAUGAACUUCGGCAUGCGGCUCUUGACUCGGACAAGUUGAGGGUCCAGCUGGCUCUCCCGACAAAGCGAAUCGAGGACUGGCGACAACUUACGGAGCAGGAACAAGUUGUAGAUUCUGCUUCAGAAUCAGACUGA